CCAGUUAAUAAUCGUAGUUCCUCUCGGACCUACUGCCACAUCCUGUCCGUGCGAGAGUAUCGUGACACUUGGCGUUGAUCAAAUCUGUACCAGCGUGCCGUGACCAAUCUGGAACAGCACCGGACCAUCCAUGUUCUGGAGCGAAUAGGGAGGCGCGUCGGCAGGGCGCCUGCACAGAACACCCCUCCAGGUCCGCACGCUUCCUAUACCAUUACACUUCCAAGCACUUUUUCAUGUCGAAGUCUGCACAGAUGCCCCUGUCCAGCAUCACUGUGCCUAAGCCCUCAAUAUCACGGGUGCCCAGCAGCAUGGAGGGAAUCAACCAUGAGCUGGAGAAGGUUUUCAUCAAAGACAACAAAGAGAAGGAGGACUUGAAGUCUCUUGAGGUUCCUGAUGGUCGGCGAGCACCAUUUCCUCCUCAGCAACGCAGCAGCAGCUCCAGGAGUUUAGACACACAGACUCCUUCUGCCCCCGGCCGGUCCAGCAGCUGCUCCAGCCUGUCACCCUGCCCAUCACCGGCCUGUCCCCCGGGAUCACAUAACGGAAGUCCCUAUUCCACAGAAGACUUACUCUAUGACCGAGAUAAAGACAGUGGAAGCAGUUCCCCUCUGCCGAAGUUUGCCUCCUCACCCAAACCCAACAACACCUAUAUGUUCAAGCGUGAGCCACCUGAGGGCUGUGAAAAGGUCAAAGCCUUUGAGGAAAGCAGUGCCAGGCAGUCGACGUCCACAUCGGUUCUUCUCUUCUCAUGCCCUGACAAAAACAAAGUUAACUUCAUUCCAACCGGAUCAGCUUUCUGCCCAGUCAAACUUCCCAGCUGCUUACAACUCAGUCCCACCUUGGAGCCUGAUGUCAGCGGGACCUCUCAGCACCAUGGGGAAGGUUCAUUAGACCGUGCUGCAACUCAGGUCUCCACCAGCACCAGCACAGCAGAAAUGUCUUCAGAACUUCGACCACCAGACCAUCACGAAGACCUGACACUGUCUGAGCUGGACCAGACAAGUUUUGUAAGGACCUCAGAGGAGAGACGGGCAUGCACCUCAUCCAGGCUUUGCUAACACAUGUUCUGUUUCAUUCAAGUACUGAUAUUGAAAAUUAUUGGGAAUUACAAAACAAAGAUAAUACUGGCCAUACUUCAGGUAAUAAAAUCAGAGUUUGUUACUCAGGUAAUCUGAAGAGUCAGCGUGGGACAAAAACUUUGUGUGCUGGACCUUGUGCUGGACAGAUGUCACAACCCAGUCUGCAGGAGCUAUGAGUGUGAAAGGCCAUUGAGUGUGAGAAAGAUGACCAGUUGGCGAUGGGAGAGAAAAACAUCUCUGUGACCACAUUUUUGUGCUGGGAAAAGUCAAAUUAAGGCUGACCCUAAUAGUUGACCCUGACUCUGAUGGCUGCAGUUUUCCAGAUUUACAUGUAAUGUAGGGUGAAUGUAGUUAUUGGGGAAUAUUACCUCUGGUGGCGCCGUAACCUCUUAAGUCCUACCACUAGUCAGGGGGCUGAUGAUACUUUAUGUGUCCUCAUUUUCAGAGUGCAGUUGAUGGGGCUCGAGGUUUUACUGCAAAGGUUGUUAAUAUGCGAACAUUGUAGAGCAGAGCGCACCAUCUAGUGGGCUGUGAAAACAAAGACACUGUUUCAUGAAGCCUCAUCUGCCCAUCACUACCUACUGGUUCAACUGUCAAUAGCUGAACUAGUGAGGCGACGAGCCGAGGUUGCCAUAUUUGACUCACUGAUCAGAGAUGUUUCACUAGAGGUUCAGAAUCAGAAUAAUUCAAUGAUGGUUCAACUGUUCAUCCAAUCACAAAUUGAUUAUCCACAUUGCUCGGGGUUCCUGUAAUUUCUUGUGAGAACUAGCAAACUGAAACUUGACCUGAUUAUGGGUGAUUGAAGCCCAGAUCUGAAACACAGCUUAUAUCAGGAUUGUGUAUCGACCACUGUCAUCGACCACGACUCAAGGACCAAUGCAGUAUCUAACCACACACACACACACACACACACACACACACACACACGCGCCACUUCCCUGUUGGGACACUUCUGUAUCUAUGUCUGUGGAGCUGCUGAAGUUAGGCAGGCACCGAUCACUUGGUCUAUUCUAAAUCCUAAAGACUAUCCAUGCAACUUAGUCCGACUAAGAUAAAUGAUCAUUUCUCUCCCACAGUCCAACUAAGCUGUUAGAACACAAUUUAAAGAUCUGGUAUUCUGGGCUGUCAAGUAACUGUGGUCACUGACCUGUUGACUGGUCAGUAGCAUGUCAUUAGAAUUGUUUCCACCUGUGUGAUGUGGUCUUAUCAGGACAUUUUGUUCUAUCAUAUAUUUAUGUCGUUAUUUUUAUGAAUGCAAUAGUUUAUUCCCAUUACGCUAUAUAAUGUUGGAAAGAGUGUGCACUCUUUUUACAUGACCGCAUUGCAAAAAAUGUCGCUUAGAGGAGUUCAUCAUCAUAAUUUUGUAAAACUAAAGUAUAUUUUCUCACAGAGCUUAUGAAUUCUUGAAUAUAUAUGAAAUGUACAAAAACAGCUGGAACCAACUAUUUGAUUCCUUGCAUUCUGACUCCAUUCAAACUCCAUUUUUAAGUCUUUUUUUAAGUUAUUUAGUUUUUCUUAAUGCAUUCUGUCAUUUCCGUUCUUAGCCGUUCUUAGCUAUCUGUCAGAAAUCUGGUGAUCUGGUGUGAGCUCGAUCAAUGUAGAUUUUAAAGAAUUGAAGGUCAUUUAAGCCAAGCAGCCCAUUUUUUUUUUAAAACUUCUCUACAUGUUUUCCCUUCUUCAAUCAAUGUUUUAUUAAAAACACACUAUUCUUCUGAUCAAUGUCUGGAGCGACGCGUUUUUGUCAGGCUUUCAGAGAGAAAUACAUGCAUAACGUGCUGGCUUCAUCUUUGAACAAGUCCCAUGUUAAGUACCAUUAUUACCUGUUUGUCACAGAAUAAACAACCUCACUAACUGAACUCCUAACUGCCAUUUUUUUAACAUGCCCCUUUCAAUGAAUUAUUCAAUUGCACUGACUCAGGAGCAUGCCUUUCUGUCAGUUUUUUUUUUUCCUACUUCGAUAUAAUUUCUAUCAAAAAAAGUGAUUGGUCUGGUUCAUCAUGUUGGACGCCUAUAUAUAUAUAUUUUAUUUAUUUAUUUAUUUUUAGCUCAACUGUAUUUGAUGUGCUGAUCCUCGGGUGUGUCAUAAAGAUAGGCCAAUUGUUCAUAUUACAUAAUUUCCUGUGUCUCUCCAAGGUCAUCCAUCAACAUCUAAAAAGCAAUUAGUGGCAACAUUAAGUUAAAGAGCUCAGUAAAGAAAGUAUGUAAGGCAAAAUAUUACAACGUGUACACAACCAAUCAUUGAAAAUCGGUGUGAAACAAAUACUUGAAUAAUUCACUCAACAAACAAACAAAAAAAUUCUGCCUCAAGCAAUCGUUAAUUUAGUUUUAAAUUAAGACAUUUUGCACUGUGUGCUUUCAAUCUGGCUUUGCUUUUAAGCACACUUGGGUGCCUCUUCAGCAGGUAACGUAGGAGACAAGAACAUAGCUGAAGCAAGAACAGAACUCAACCCCACUAUUGUGACCAAGGUAGCGAUAACUCCUAUUGUGAAAGUAUGUCACACACUGACUUGUAAUACAAUUAGACGGUGUGCAAUUCUACACAUAUAGCAUAGUUCAUAUUGAGCUCAUGUAAGCUGAGGCUUCACGACUACAUUGACUUAUUAUGUCAUGGAUGGACAUAUUUUACACUCUAGAGUGGCCCUGAACAAGCAGCUGAGCUAGUGAAGACAGUUCUAAAUAUGAUUAUCAUGGACCUGCAUCCACUGAGCAUGGUGGACAAAUCUGGUCUUCAGUCAUUUAUUUCAUCUUCAAAUUCAGGUGCUUGAUGGUAAAAUUCUCAUUAAUGACUAUGUUUUUCCAUUUUUGUUGCCAAAUAAAACUAUCUGAAGAAGGAAACCACUUGGUCAAACAUUAAUUUGUGAAAUGUUGUACUUUUUUCCUUGCGUAUUCAUUAGUGCAACAUUUCAUUUUUAUGUUUUUAAAAAAAUAUGAUUAUUUGAUUAAUUUAUCUAAUUUUCUGUAGGUUACUCAAUUGCUAAAUUAUUUGACUAUAAGCCCUAAUUGAGAUUGGUUGCAAGGUUGUAAUGUAGAGAAACUAUUUCCAGACAAAUCUUUAACAUUCUUUGCCUCAACUAGUUUUAUACUAACAAUCUUUCUUUAUCUUUUCACAUUUUAGAGUGCAUUUAUUUGGUUCUGCAUAUUGGUUUUAGCCAACUUUUAAACCACAAAGCAAACUUGGAUUGUCUACGAGUGUCAAAGGUUUGAAGUGAGACAUCACGUUAACUGUUAUCUCUGUGGUGCAGACAGUAUCUAGUGGCGCGGGACCCACACGCAGCACUCCAUCAUUCAGUCGUGAGCUUGUGUGGUCAAGUUAGAGGCAACACAUGAUUUAAUGUCAUCGUAUCUCCCACCUUUAUCUCCAGACAAAUGAGGUGAAAUUGGAUGAUUUCACACAGCGCUCCUGACAGUCACAGUAUUCAGUGAUAUCUUAAUUCCUAAAUAGAUACAUUUUUACAUUCAUUUUAUAUGCAGAAAUCAGUGAUUGCAUAGAGUAAUUUAGAUUUGUUAAAAGUAGAAUAUAAAAGGACAGUCUAUGUGAAUAACCAGUAACAUCAGAUGACCUGCUCGUGAGCAACAAAAAAAAAAAAGUGACACAAUAUCAUGUUCAUUCAAAUGUCAAGCGUGCCUAAAAAGUGGCGAUUCCCACCCAAAUUGUCAAUGCCAGGCCUAGAAUGUACUUCUCCAGCAAUUUGAUUUGCAGUAUAAACAAACGCAGCUGAAAACUAGUAAAAAAGUAAACGAUUGAAAAACAAAACAAUAAAAAGAUGACAAAAUUGCACAAAUGUAAAAUUGCAUAUUUAAUGUGGUGUACGGUAUAUUAAGUUAUUAUUAUAAAAUUAUUUUUGUUGAUUUUAUUGUGUCGAUGCUGAUGAUGGCUCUCCGAAAGAAACUUUUUUUCAGUCUGUUCUUAUUUUAAGUGACUUUUUUUGCUGGCUCUGCUGCUUGAGAACUCUCAGGAAUGUAGAUAAUGUUGUGCCUUAUAUGAUGGCUGUUUUGUUGUGUGUCCUAGAAUGGUAAUUGGAGAUGUGCGUCGGCAGGGAGCUGUGGUACUUUUCAGAGAUGAUACGCUGGUCAGGUGAAGAAAUAGAAAAAAAACAUAUUUCUCAUUAAUUUUACACAGGCAGAUAGCUUAAGCACUAACAAUUCAACACACACUGCUCUGCUCUAGCAGUCUUAGUGUACAGUAGCCUCAAAAGGUCAAAAUGUGAGUAAGGAAGUGAUGAUUGAUAUUUGUCAAAGUCACGUGUGUGUCAGUGUCAGUUCACUGAAUGCAUGUGAAAGUUCUAGACAUAUAGUGUGAGUAUAUUGAAUUCUUUUUCAUUAUUAACAUGUGUAAUAAAAUUAUACAGUUCAGUACAGUUCUUACUUUUUUGCAUCUACGAACUUCAUACAUCAUCCGCUUUAAAGUCCCACUUCAAUACCACUUUCCUGCAUAAAAUAUUUGAACUCACUACUACUCAUGAAUACCACUUCUCACUGCCCACUGAAACUGGCAAAACUGAAUUUGUCCAACAGUCUUUCUGCUUUAAGCCACAUGCACACAGACAUGAUGAGGCUGGAGCUUGGUGUGACGACAUUCUAUAUCUGAUCUGAUUUGACAGGCGUGCAUACAAAAGGAACUGUGAAUAUGUUUGGCAAAGUUGAGUAUCACAGUUGCAUCACUCAGAUGUUAGGAUGCCAGUGAGAAUGGGUGGAGAUUUUACAUAGCAGAGGGUCGAGCCGAUACCACUAUCCACAUCCAUAGUAGAAUUGUUUGACAUGCAUCCCUACAGUGGGACAUCUCUUUCACUAUGCAGAAAAAUACUUGGUUGAUGUAUUUAUCAACCAUUUUCGCUGCAGUAUAAAAUGGGCUCAACAGGUCCUCGUAGAAGUGUUUUUCAAAGAUUCCUUGACACCUUGGAUAGCUUGAUGCAAACGCGAUGUGCUGCUGUUGUGAAAUCCCAUAAAUGACAGUCAUGCAUGGAAAUGUCUGCCUGACUUCUGCCCCUCAUUUCAUUUGACUUGCUUUUAUUACACCCGCAACAUAGCUGUAAGCCUAUUCUUGCUAGAUUUUAAUGGGUUGGACAUCUUUCCCUUUUCAGAUUUGAGUAUGAACCUUUGAAUAGCACCUUCUCUCCAAAUGCUUGUGAGAAAUGCUCGUGAUAAGAUCACAAAAAUGAGGUUUUGUGUCUUUGUUUGCACUCAAUCAGCGUACAAUUACAUGUUCAAUGAUUCAUUUGCACGCUGGAGGACUACAUACAUUUGCACUGGCAUUUUUACCAUCUAAUUUGCUAAUUUUCUUCCUUGACUGACUUCAUUCAGUUUAAGGAGUGGCGAUCUGAUUCUAUUACAUAUGGAACAAGUUGAUUGCUAUUAAACAGGGAUGCUGACAUUUCUGACUAAUAGGUUCAUUACAGCUUGAAGUCCGAAGGUUUAAGGUGUCGGAUGGGUGUGUGGACUAUUGUCGGUUUAAAAGGAAUAAUAGCAUUUUAUAUACAUUUUUUAUGGCCACAAGCACUUUAUGCUUAACCAAGUAGAGCAACAACCGUUCAUGAACUGUUAUUUGGUGUAAAUGUUGACUUACCUGGACUAUUAUAUUAGGACAACAAACCUGUGGUUGAAAUACCAGCUUGCUUGUCCACCUUGCAAGAUGAGACAAUCUUUUCCUCAUAUAUUUAAAGUGAUUUUUCCUGAUGUGUCUACUUUUUUCAUGAAUGGUUCUUUAAGAAUGCAAGUACUAUUGUGUUGCAAUACACACUCAAAAUAUUUUAAUAGUUUUGUUCAACACGCAAAUAAAAGUGAGCAUAGCAGAAAACAAUGACAACAAGCAAUCAUUUUCAAGACAUUAGUUCAUCAAAAUAUUACCAGAUUUAUUAUAUAUAGUUGCAUUAUAUUUGUUCAUAUUUUACAGUCGUAACCAAUGUAAACUUGUGAUUACACAGUGAAUUGAUGAAAUGUAUAAUAACUGUCUGCUACUGGUGGUCACUGGUCGUUUUUUAAAUCACAUUACUAAUUUCCUUCUGUCACAUAAUGGUUGCACUAUACUACACAAUUAGUGAGGUGAGUAUUUUUUUUUUUACUGCUUUCCAUGCAUAUAUAGCAUCAGUGUCAUGUAUCUAGAAUCAAGUUUUGUGGUGCAUGUUUUUCUGUUCUAUACUGCUCUCAAAAUCAUUGCAAUAGAUCAGAAACAUAAUCUGUAUGUUAUUAUUUUUAAUUUAUUCAUUUAUUAUUUGUGUUUAAACAUACUUGGUGACAUUCUUGUCUUUUGCUGGCAUGAUCAAGAAAUGUGCAAUAACUUGAGUGGGGACAAAUGAUCUCAGUGUUCUCCUGCUCUCCGUCCAACUUCAUUUGUAACCUGCUGUGUCUGAUGUACAAUGGCAAUAAAAGCAAAACAAUUA